GGCAGCCUGGGAUGGCCCGUAAUUUGCAGGCAGCUUGGGAUGGCCGGUAAUUUGCAGGCAGCUGCCCGGCCGGGAUUGGCUGCGGGGAAUGACGCCCAGCACAACAAAGUGUUGCAAAAGCAAAGAGCAAUAAAAAACACGGCGGAUAAGCGGCGGGAGCGCGGGGCGGCGGCGGCGGCGGCCGAGCCGGUGCCGCUUGGGGAGCGGCGGAGGCUGGCGGCGGACCCCGGCGCUCAGAGCCCGGCUGAUUGGAAGAGAAAACGCAGCGCCAUGGAGGCGGGGGAAAGCGCGAUCGUCUCUGCGGGGACUGGAGCGCGUCCACGCCCGGGGCCAGCGCUGCAGAGCUGGCCGCCGUUCAACCGCCGCUUCCCCGCCCCGGCCCCGCCGAAACGAGCCCCGGCCCCGUCGAGCCCCGGCCCCCCAAAGCCGCGGGCCCGCAGGUACGUGCCUGCGCCGGGGGAGCGGAGCCGUGCCGUGCCGCGCCGUGCCGCGCCGCCCGGGCUCGCCAUUCGCCGCCGUGCCGCUCCGCCGGCGGGGCUGGAGGAGGAGGAGGCGCUUUGUUCCUCCCCGGGCUCCCGCUGCCGCCGCCGCCGCCGCUGCUGCCGCCGCCGCGCACCGGGCUCGCCCGGCGGCUCCGGCGCGGGGCUGGGGCUGCGGCGGCUCGGCUAG